AUGCACUCUCUUCUUCUUCUCAGUCUGUUCACAUUGGCUGAAGCCAAGGGAUGGUUGAGUCCUGUCUAUCAAAACUUCUUCGAAUUUCCUCUGCCAAUUCCGCCAAUCGCCCAGCCUUACAAAUCGUAUGACAACAUUGACUACUAUGAAAUCGAUAUCAAGCCUGUUGACAUCGAGAUCUACCCGGGCAAGAAAGCACGUCAUGUUGGAUACAACGGAUCUGUCCCUGGGCCGACCUUCAAGAUGCAACAGGGCCGUGAAGCCGUCGUUCGCUUCAUCAACCAUGCCGAUCGUGCAAACUCGGUCCAUCUUCACGGUUCCUACAGUAUGUNNCGUGCUCCCUUUGACGGCUGGGCUGAAGACACUACCGAGCCAGGACAAUACAAGGACUAUUACUAUCCCAACGCGCAAGCUGCUAGGACACUUUGGUACCAUGACCAUGCUGUCGGUCAUACUGCCGAGAAUGCCUACUACGGACAGGCCGGAUUCUACAUCUUAGAGGAUGCUCAGAAGAACGCUCUCGACUUGCCCUCUGGUAAUUACGACAUCCCUCUGGCUCUUGCUGCCAAGAGAUACAACGCCGAUGGUACUCUUUGGGAUCCUGAGGCCAAUGGAGAGACCACAAGCGUCUUUGGUGAUGACGCGGGUCUUCUUGCCAGCCCUGUCAGUACCACGCAACUCGACAUAUCCAUGGCCGAGCGCUGGGAAUGCGUCUUUGACUUUUCUAAGUAUGAAGGUCAAAAUAUCACACUCAAGAACACAGGCAAUGUCGCUGCAGACGACGACUUCGAUGGCACUGAUAGAGUUAUGGGCAACGGUCCUUUGCCAGCAAAUCUCCGCAGCGUACCACUGCCACCAGCCAAGAUUGGUGUCGAUCGUUCCUAUGAGUUUAUGCGCAGCAAUGGCGAAUGGCAAGUCAAUGGUGUCACCUGGGCCGACGUCCAAGAUCGUGUUAUUGCGAAACCUGAGANNAGAGGAUCUGUUGAACGCUGGGAGCUUAUCAACAGCGCAGGGNGCUGGAGUCACCCGAUCCAUAUCCACCUCAUCGACUUCCAAGUCGUCGGCCGCACUGGAGGUACCCGCGGUGUCCUUCCCUACGAACAAACAGCACUCAAAGACGUCGUCUGGCUAAACAAGAACGAAAAACNNUGGGAUGGCCUCUACAUGUUUCACUGCCACAACUUGAUCCACGAAGACCACGACAUGAUGGCUGCCCUUAAUGUCACUGCACUAAAAGAUCUCGGCUACGACGAGAAGACAAGAUUCAUCGACCCCAUGGACCCCAAAUAUCGCGCUAAGGACUUCAAGCCAGAAGACUAUACCAAUCGUGACGGUGAUUUCGAGGGCGAAGCAAUCACAAAGAAGUGCAGAGACUUCCAAGACAUGGAUGCUUACAAGAGUGAACCCGAGGUCGAGCAGAAGCUUGAAGAGUACUGGAAGACACAUAGUUCACAGACGACGCUCGUGACAAAGACUUCCUCUGGUGGCGGUGGUGGUGGAAGCUCGGUUUCUGCGAGUGUGUCUGACGGUGCUUCUUCAGGGGCUAAUGGUUCGGGAUCUGCAACAGCUUCGGCAACUGUGGCUUCCUCAGUCACAAGCACAGCUGGCAGCACACUCAUCACGUCUGCGAGCACAGUCAAGAGCACUUCUACCACUAGUGAUGAUAAAGGUGGCAAGAACAAGUCGACCACAAGCUCUUCUACAAGCGAUGACAAGGGUGGAAAGAAUAAGACGACUACGAAGAAGUAG